AUGUAAUUCAUAAUCGUUUUAAUUCUCCUUUACAUUUGCUACGUUCUUGAUUGUGCACAUCUAACUUUCAGUUUCAAGAACCAGAGGAUUUUCUCAGAUCUUGCGAGGUAGAGUAUAUUUCAAAUUAAAGAAAAAUGAGUAAAGAGGAGUUUAUGAAGAUACAGACUUGUGUUCUUAAAGUGAAUAUUCACUGUGAUGGUUGUAAGCAGAAAGUGAAGAAAAUUUUGCAGAAGAUUGAAGGUGUUUUUACGACAAAGAUAGACGCAGAGCAAGGGAAAGUGACAGUAUCUGGAAACGUAGACCCUUCGGUCCUGAUCAAGAAGCUCUUGAAAUCCGGUAAACAUGCCGAAAUCUGGGGAGCUCCAAAGGGAAAUGGCACCAAUCAGAACCAACCUAACUUGGCCAAUCAGCUCAAAGGCAUGCAGAUUGACCACGGCGGCAAAGGUGGCGGUGGUGGUGGUGGCGGAGGUGGUGGCGGUGGAAACAAUAACAAAGGCCAGAAGGGAGGUGGUGGUGGUGGCGGUGGCGGCGGAGGUGGUGGAGGAGCUGGCGGCGGUGGUGGUGGUGGAGGAGGAGGAGGUGGGCCUCCGAAGAUGUUUCUUCCACAGUUAACUCCACAACAGAUGCAACAGCUGAAUCCUCAGCAACUUCAACAGCUUCAACAGCUUCAGCAGAUGAAAGCGUUCCAAGAUAUGAAGCUUCCUCCUCCUCAGUUAAAGGGACCAGGCCCUGGCUCUGUUCCCAUGAACAAGAACCCUCAGAAUCCUAAUCAGAAGGCUGUGAAGUUUGAUGUUCCUGAAGACGAUGAUGACGAUUUUAGUGAUGAUGACGAGUUCGAUGAUGAUGAGUUCGAUGAUGACGACGAGUUUGAUGAUGAGUUGGACGAUGAUGAGUUUGAAGACCGUCCUCCACCUAACAAGAUGAAGCCUAUGAUGGGUGGUGGUGGUGGAGGUAACAUGAUGAUGCCUAACAUGAUGUUGCCCAACGCUCACAAAAACGCCGGUUGUGGUGGUCCUGGACCGGCUGGAGGCAAAAUUGUGGGUAAAGGAGGACCCGGUGGUGUCCCUUUUCCUGUACAAAUGCCUGGCGGCGGAGGAGGUAACGGUGGUAAGAAAGGAGGUCCCGGUGGAGGUGGUGGCGGUAAUGUGGGGAAUCCAAAUCAAGGCGGAGGAAAGAACUGCGGUAAAAAUGGUGGUGGUCCUCCGUUAGAUGUAAAAAAUGGGGGAGGUGGUGGUGGCCAUAACGGUAAUAAUAAAGUAGGAGGCCAGAUGAUAGGUGGUCCCAACGGAGGCAAAAAGGGUGGUGCUGGUGGUGGAGGCGGAGGAGGACCCAUGGGUGGAGGACUCCCACCUGGUUUCCGUCCAAUGGGAGGUGGCAAUGGCGGAGGACCUCCGAACAUGAAUAUGCCAAUGGGUGGACCAAUGGGUGGUCCAAUAGGUGGUCCAAUGGGUGGUGGUCCUGGUCCAAUGAGUAACAAUAUGCAAGCGGUUCAAGGAUUACCUGCGAUGGGUCCUGGAGUUGGCAGCAGCUCAGCCGCAGGAGCCCCGCCAGGAUAUUUCCAAGGCCAUGGUGGCGCCGGAGGCGGCCAAGACUCAAUGCCGGGAAAUCCUUACUUACAACAGCAGCAGCAACAACAACAACAGCAAUACUUAGCAGCGGUUAUGAACCAGCAAAGAGCUAUGGGCAAUGAGCGGUUCCAACCAAUGAUGUACGCUAGACCACCACCCGAUGUAAACUAUUUACCACCUCAACCGCACCAACAACAUCCUUACCCGUACCCGUAUCCAUACCCUUAUCCUCCCCAUGGUGGUGAUCAGUAUUCUCAUUAUUUCAAUGACGAGAACACAUCAAGCUGCAAUAUUAUGUGAGCAGACAAACAAAAAAACAAAGCUUUCCAUGGUUUGUGUAUCCUUCCGGUCUGUGAUUAUACAUGGAAAUGGGGUUUUUCUUAAUUAUUUGGGGUUGUUAGAAUCCUUCUCUUUUUUCACUCCAACGGAUCGAAUCCUAAGUUAUAUUAGGAUUUAUUUCUAAUUUGUGAUAGUUCUUUAGUAAUAUAUAGAAUGAUAAUAUAAAAUCAAACAAAUAUUUUAUAUUGCAGUUCUUGUUUUUUUUCUCUGGGUUCUUGCUUUCUUAAUGAGAUCCUAGUGUUCAUAGUUGUUUAUAUGUUUCCGAAAUUAUUAAACAUGGAAUGUAUUUUCUAUUA